UUCUAUUAUUGCUUUGCUCUAUUUUCUCUUUCCACUCACGUUUAACACAAACACACACGCAUUUAUACAUACGGACCACACGACAAAAGUGGGUGUGUUCCAGAACGUUUGUUCACGCUGUCCGUGUCGAAUUUCCAACGGUACGUCACGAACCCGAUCGUCGGAUGGUCCCGGGUCCGAUUACCCGGACGGAUCAGUUCAGGAAAUGCAACAAGCGCAAACAUCCAUUUAUCCAAUUGCGCAUUGCCGCUUCUGUAUGUACGUCGGUAUGGUAUGUUACUGAGCAAUUUCACUGCCACAACACCCACCCACCACUGAUGCAACGCCAAUCGCCAUUCUCGGAGCACCGCUGCCCCGGGCACUGGUAUGGGGGCAAUGUGCAUUCGGUUCCCGCAUUCGUAUUCAUCCCUCUUAUGUUGGUAGAACCCAAAGCUAAACAUCUUCCAUUCGACUCGUCAAGCUCAAUCAGUACACGUGCGUGCUUUAAGUACAGCUACGUCGUCUUCCACUACAAGCAUUCUCGUUCGCUCGCUCGCUGAAAUAACGGGAUUUCAAACCCGUUCCGUCUUUGCUAUUGCCUACUAGACACAACACCAUACAACCAAUCUGAGUGGAGCAAACAAGGUUCGCCAAAACCACGUUUUCAAAACAGCUGGUUGCUAUGUGGGAGCGUGAGUAUGUGCGAGAUUGCAGAGGUGUGAUUUGUCGGGAAGAAGAAGGCCGCCAGUGGGCGCAAAAUAAUCAAAUAAAAGUGACCGCGCGCCGCCACGUCUCCGGCGAUACGCGACGAUCUGCCCGAUCCCAAAAGGGCAGUGACGAAAUCGGUGACGAUUAAGCCGGGCCACAAUCGCGCGCGCUGUAGUUCCCGGCUCCGACUUCCCGGAUCCUAGCUUUUAGCUCAAGCGACAAAGUAUAGUGAACUCCCUUAUUUUCGCCUCGCGCGUGUCACUGUGUGUGAAACUUAUACCCGGGCAGCAUCCAGUCAUCGUCGUCGUAGGGAACGACGUUGACGAGAACCAGAAGCUGUCACGUUAAGGUCAAAUGAAAAACAAUUUAUGUAAAAUCGCAAUUGAAAUGUUUAAACAUAACAAAGAAAAGAGUGUUGCACAUAGCUCGAAGAUGAGGAUGAUGAUAUUAGUGAGGGUAAUGAUGAUGAUGAUCAUGAUGAUAGGGGCAUGUGUAAGGACCGCCGAUGAGUGGUGUACGUGACAACGCGCUAGCGGGGGCAAAUCAUGUCGUCAAUUAAUGGUCAUCUUUUAAAGGGAUCACCCACAUGAACAAUGGCACUGUUCUCAGGAGUGUCUAUGCAAAGGUCACGCACCACAAUGUGAGCACAGAUUGUGAAACACUGUUUAAGCACUAUUGGAUUACAUUACACACUUCUCUGGGGGUACAUGUUUUUUUUCGUUACGCCGCUGUAAGCUCCACUUGGUCUACGCGAUAAAUCGCGAAACCGUGCGCUUUGAUAACAUCUUGACGCAAACACCUUCACACACUGGUACCUUGCAAGCAGUGUGGAGCCAUUACUCAAGCGCCACAUCUCUCGCCAUCAAUACCGUUUACUGACACUAAACCGAUCGAUAUUUACACGCCCGCUGACCUUCAAUCCUGAUGCGAUCUGCAAUCGCCGUAUGGCAAAUAUGUUUUGCUGCACCACCGCCACCGAUGCGCGGUUGGAGUUGGCUGUGGAACGCAACUGUGUUGUACCUCUGAAGCCGGACUGGUCCUACUCUUCGCCGCUGAUUUUCACACAGAACGGAGUGUUGGUUUCGCCCGAGAAUGAUAGUUACGAUGUGGAGGACAUUACGCUGGCCACCGGCGAUGAGGUGGUGCUCUCCUGCUCUCCAAACUACUUUCGCGAGUUUUCUUCCGAAAAGGUACUGUGGGCCCGGUGUAAGAAGGAUAAAACGUUUGUAGUCAACGAUGCGGACAAGAACUUUGUAUCGGCGUUGUCAUGCAAGGAGCGACCAAUUGAGGAGAUCAUCGUCUCGGUGCGUGGCUGUCCGGCAACGUUACGCUCGAUCGAGUACGGCUUCACCAAUCCUGUCACCAACAAAUCCUACAUUCUCGGCGAGGCUUGCUACGACGUUAAAGUCGGCCGCACCCAUUUCAUCCACACGAAGGUAAAGUCCGGCACCAACAGCAUCGAACAGCUAGCACUCAAAGUAAAGGACAACGUGACUUACUUCCAUGGCUACCAUCCGACGCAGCGCUACAAGGUGGACCUCAGCAAGGCGCUGAACAUCAACGAUCAAGCAGAACGCUUCCGACCCGUCUUUGGGCCGAAAAAUGCGCCCAAAAUCGAGGCCCGCCGGUACGUUAACGAGGCGCUGCUCACCCACCGACAGUAUCUUUCAGUAUUAAAGAUGGCCUGGAACUAUCAGAUCGUUAAGGAUCGCGAUCAGCUUCUGAACCUCGACCGACUGGUGCAGGACAUACGCGGCCUCGAGGUGCCCGAGGUGGAGAUCUACACCGGAGCGCAUGGCGUCAUGACGCUGCAGGACAAGCACAACCAGAGUGCGGAGGUGUACCUAGUGCGCGAGAACCGUUUCCCGGUACCGCAGUUACACUGGACGGUGGUGCGUUCGCAGGAGCGGGCAGUUGCCUUUGCCGUCUUUGGGAAGGCACCACAGACCGAGCAGGAGCGCGAGCGGCGCACUUUCUGCAUGAGCCAGUGCGAGCAGAUCUCAUGGCUGAAGAAGCUGCACGAAAAUGACGCAUGGCAGGAGGCUCGAGCCGGGUUCGUACUUUGCUGUGAGCUGGAAGAGUUUCGCCGUACGGUCAAGGAGAUGCCCCAGGUCACUGGGGUAAAGGCUGUGCUCGUGUAGGGCCCGGUGUUAUGCGACUAAUUGUGCUAUUGUAGAAAUCGAAGCAACUCCACAAAAAGGAAAUGAUGCAGCUUAAUUCGAUUGAAUCUCCUGUUCAGAUACCCGUCAGAACACGCCAUCACAUAACAACACAACAGUCUCAGCGGGUUUUGAUCGAACAGACCAACAGUACAGCUAUUCGGGCGGGCUAAGCGAUAAGGAACUGUUUUACUCUCUAUCGAUUGAUUGCUGCUGCUAGUACUUCCACAGCUACCACAACAACUACUAUGACUACUUCUUCUGAAGUCUAUCCGACCCUGCUCGAAGCACGGUGUCGGUAUUGUGAUUUGAGUUCACUUUGUGUGUAUGUGUGUAUUGUUUUAAAUUAAAACUCUAGCUCUUAGUAUGUAGUAUUUAAACAAAACAAAAAACAAAACAAAAAACAACACAUGAACAGAACUAGCAUUGCGCAAAUAAAAAGUACAAUUCGUUUAGUGUGCUUGAAACGUGAA